CGGCGCCUCCCAGCGUCCCGUCUGCUUCCUAAACUCACCGCAGACACGGUCCAAAUCGCAAUCGAGUCGCCCUGAUUUCUCUUCCUCGUCCAAGUUUCGGUCAGCAUGCCUCUCGAGACGAUUGGUGUUACCAUCGGCUGUUUAUGCGUCGAAGCCACCGGUACGGUCGCACCUAUAAUACUUGCUGUUGCCAGCGGUGUAGCCAUUCCAAUCUUGGCCAUCGCCAUAGCCGGAACCAUCUAUUACGUGGUGACAACUCCGGAGCAGAAGGCAAGCCACUGGAAGUCGCUGAAGAACUUCUUCAGUUUCGUGUUGGGUGGGAAGAUGCACCUGGCAUGAAACACGGAGCAGAUAUUCGUAGGCAAAAAGAGGCAAAAUUCUCAUCUUUUCUGUUGCCUUCAUCCGAAAGUCACCGUUUGAAAUGUCGACAAUAAUUUUUUCACCCAUUGAUGUCAAGAAGAGAAUUUUGUCUGUAAACUUUGCGAGAUUUGCAGCUGAAAUCCACGGCAAUAAAUAAAUGCUCCUCGA